AUGUAUUCAUCAAGACUAAUGAAUAAUUAUUGUGGUUUCAAUAUUCAUACAAAAUGUAUAGGAAAUAAUAGAACUCCAAUCUCAACUAUUUUGCCAGAUUACUGGAAUGAUGGCUCCAUUUUCCCAGAAGAAGACGAUUCACCAGUGGCACUUGAUGAGUUGCAGUAUGAUGUGACUCUAGAUGGAUACUAUGAAAUUUUUGAUUCAUUUGGAAGAAUGCCAAUUAUUAAUUUUUCUCUCAGACCAUCAGAAGGGGAAGAAGAAGCAUUGGAGCAAGAGAGAAACAUCAUCAGAGAACAACAAGAAAAACUGGAGAGAGCUGCCAUAGAAUUCGACAAUAUAUAUAACAGUCAAAUGGAGAUUGCAAAUUGUUUAAAAAAGGAUGAUGAUGAUGUUGUAUUUAUAGAAGAAAUAAUUUCUGUUAAUGAUGAUGAUAAUAAUAAUAAUAAUUGGCAUAAUGAUUGUACAAUACUCGAAUGA